GCUCCCGCGGUCGGGAUGGCGGCGCGGGCCGGGGGGCUGCGGCUCCGGCUCCUCUUCCUCACGGCGGUGGCGGCGGCGGUGGCGGCUUCUCUCUCCUCCGGGGUUCUGGGCCAAGGCACCGUCCACACCAAAACUCCAAUCCUCCGGGAGGAAGAGCACAAACAGGUCACGCUGUCAUGCAUGUAUUCCGGGUUCCAAAACCCCAACGUCGUCUGGAAGUUCGGGCAGGGCGGCAACUCGGUGCUGGUGUGUUACGACAACAAGAUCACCGCCCCCUACGAGCAGCGGGUGACCUUCUCCCCGUCGGGGAUCACGUUCAAGUCGGUGACGCGCAAGGACAACGGGACGUACAUGUGCAUGGUCAACGACCCGGGCGGCGCCAGCUACGCCGAGGCCACCAUCUACCUCACCGUGCUGGUGCCCCCGUCGAAGCCCAGGAUCAGCGUCCCCUCGUCGGCCACCAUCGGGCACCGGGUGGUGCUGACCUGCUCAGAGGACGAGGGGUCCCCGCCCCCCGAGUACCACUGGCUGCGGGACGGCGUCCCCCUGCCCCCCAACCCCAAGAGCAGCCGCGCCUUCAGCAACUCCUCCUACACCAUCAACCUCUACACCGGGGAGCUGAUCUUCGACCCGUUAUCGGCGUCUGACUCGGGCGAGUACAGCUGCCGGGCCCAGAACGGCGUGGGGCAGGCCCAGCAGUCCGACGCCGUGCGCAUGAAGGCCUCGGAGGUGAACGUGGGCGGCAUCGUGGCGGCCGUGAUCGUGUCCCUCAUCCUGCUCGGCCUGCUCGCUUUCGCAGUUUGGUUCGCCUACAGCCGCGGCUACUUCAACAGGACAAAGAAGGGGAGCUCGGGCAAGAAGGUGAUUUACAGCCAACCGUCUGCCCGCAGUGAUGUGAGUGGCGAGUUCAAACAGACAUCUUCUUUCCUGGUGUGACCUCGCCCCUCUGAUCACACCCCGCACCCCGGCCCGGCCCCCCCACCCCGUAGUUAGGAUGUUUUUAUAUGGAUCCCCCCUCCCCUUCCCGCCUGGGCAUUUGCUGGUGAAACCGCGGUGCUGACCCCUGACCCUUGACCCCGGCCCCCUCGCCCACAUCCCUUUGCUUGGACGCCCUCCCCCCCCACUCCCGGUGGGGCCGGGGGUGGGGGGGGAGUCGGGGCUGGAGAGAGACUGGCGACCCCCGCCCGCCCCCCUCCUCGGGACCCGCAUAAUUUAUUGAGCUUGGAGCUAGCUCCCCCCACCCGACCCCCAAGGCUGCAGUCUCUCUCCUCACCUUUCCAGCCUGGGACGGGGGGGUUAGGGUGGCCCUGAACCCCCUUCCCCUUUCUCCACACCCCUUC